UGAGAGGGCUGGUGGUCUUGCUCAUGCUUCUCUUUUCCUCCAUUGUCGCCUGCAAGGCAGGUGCGGACUGGAAGAAGAGCUUAGGCCUAGGGAAAGAGAAGGUGAGUUAUCUCCACUUCUACUUCCACGACAUAGCGAGCGGUACUAAGAAUGCGACGGCUUUGAUUGUGGCCAUGGCUAACACCACCAUAACCUCUUCGACAUUCUUCGGUAUGUUGAACGUAGUAGAUGACCCUCUGACUCAGGGCCCUGCCAUAACUUCUAAGGUAAUAGGGAGAAUGCAGGGAGUUUAUGCCUCGGCAUCUCAGACUGAAUUCAGCCUUUUCAUGGGACUCAACUUUCUGUUCACGACCGGAGAGUUCAACGGAAGCACGCUUACUAUGAUUGGGAGGAAUCCCACUAUGGAGAAUGUAAGGGAGAUGUCCAUUGUGGGAGGGAGUGGAGCCUUUCGUCUUGCUCGUGGCUUUCUCCUCGCUAAGACCUACUCUGCGAACACGGUCACCAGGAGCUUUGUGGUUGAAUGCGAUGUCACAGUCAUCCAUUACUAGCUUGGCUCUGUUCUGUGACUUUUGAUUUCCACUUCAACCAUUUUGUGAUUCUUUAUUCCCACAAACAGUAAUUUGAUUUUCAUGUUUGUAUGCUUCGUCGAAAUGCGAUGUCACAGACAUCCAUUUCUAGCUUGGCUCUGUUUGAGAUUUUAACCAUUUUGUGAUUUGUGAUUCCCAAGAUAAAUGAUUUUCCCACCAUGAUUUUGUGU